AUGUCUGCAAUCAGCACCACCAUCCUAUCUCUCAGCAUACCUCAAGAAUAUUCGCACUAUGGCAGAAUAACAGAAGAUGAUACAAUCACCCGUCUGAAUACCUGGAAGAUAACUACCGAAAACUCUCUAACGCGUCUCAAGGACCUCGUAGCAAGAGAGGAGCACCUACAGUUGUCUUUGCAGAACAAGGCAAACCUCGUAUCUACAGUUGCUGCAUUUACCGGGCCCGGAAGUUGGGUGUCGGAACGUUCUCAUAACCUCGCUAUAUCUGUCCUUGAACCGUUCUCGAGUCCCGACCUACAUCUCCUCGAAUACAUACUCAAAGAUCACAUUAGACCUAUCUUCCAAUCUAACCCACAUCCUCACCUCAAUGAAUCAACGGGUCGAAAGUUGCCUCGCGCGGCAGGUGGGCCAAUGGCCUCUCAGGACUAUUACGAGGGCCAGACAUGGAAAUCAUACCCUGGGAUAUUCAACGUCGCAUCGUGGUGCGUUAGGCAUACGCAGGGCGAUGUCUACGAGCGGCUCUGGCACCUCAUAAUCCCGCCAGUCAUGGCACUCGUGGAUGACUACGAGGCGGAGUACAAGCUAAGGGGUGUUAUGUUAGUACAGGAUAUGUUGAAGCGCGUGCCAGUAGCUUUGCUAAGACGCACCGGCGUGGAUGGGCUGCUCUUGACUUCCUUGAUGGGCACACUCAAUCACCUCCGUCACCCCGAGACUCCAAAUCUCCUCCGCACCGCGAUCCCAACGAUACUUUCAUUAGUUAAUUUAACGACCUCUCCAGACUCACAACAGCGAUUCAACCAGCUCUGCGCGCUCUUGGGUGACGCGAUCGUAGGCAGCGUGUGGAUCUACGCGUAUACGGACUUGGACGCGGUCGAGGCGUCGGUGGACGCGUUGCCGGGCGUGAUAAAAGCUCUUGGGAUCGGCAGUACACGGUACCUGAAAGCGCUCGUCCCACAACUUGUCCACCCCCUCAUUCCGACUCCCCACGCAUCACCAUGCAUUUCUCUCCAGUUGAGUUCGCUUCGUGCACUAGGUGUCGUCAUCGAGGUAUGCGCAGUGCGGAUGUUCAUCUGGAAAUACACGAUCUUGGAUGGUGUUGGGAAGUGCUGGGUGUCCCUUCUUGAUUCGGGCGUAGACGAUGAUGCAUCUCGUGAGCUCAAGAAGGCACUUUGCGAUAUAUGCGAUAAACUUGCACAAGCCUGUCCCUCAGUGGUGAAGGAAGAGUACACUCAAAUGGUGUCUCUCCAUUCUUCACUUUUCAAAGGGCUCUUUCAAAUACCUAAACGCGCCGUUGUUCCUUGAAACGGCGAAACCUUGCAAUCUCAUUCCACGCAUUAUGCGAGUAAAUACAAC